CGUAAUCUAUGUCAUUUCAAAGCUUAAAAUAUGAAAACAAAGCACAUUUGUUAAAAAACUUGGCAGUGGAAACUGUUUUGAGGAAAUAAUAUGGCUUCUGCCAAUACAGAAAGACCUCAGGGUGGAAGUAAUGGAAACCUUAUCGAUGAACUUGAGAGCGCAUUUCAGAGUUGUGCGAGUUUAUUGACAAGCCAAGAAUACUUCAACGUAACAGAUUCUGAGGAAACAAAAGCAGGUGUUGACCAGUCAUUACAGAAGUUUCUGGACCUUGCCAGACAAACUGAAGCAUUUUUCCUUCACAAGAGAUUAGUCCUUUCAAAAACGCGGCCUGAACAAGACAUCAAAGACAGCACAGAAGAUUUAAAAACGGAACUAGAGAGGAAGGAUCAGUUGGUGAAACGACAUCAGGAGAGGUUACAGAAAUGGCAGGGCCUGUUAAACAGUGUGGCGAGGGGCCCUGGAGGGGGGGUGCCGGCACAUGGUUCACAGACAAUGACUUUAGGGCCCCAAGGUCUGGUCCCCACCGCUAUACCCCACCCCCACGGGCAGACGAUGCCUAACCCAGCACAGAUAAACAUACAAGGUCAAGGGUACGCUGUCAACCAACCCCAGGGGUCGACACAGAUCCAGGGGCAAAAUCCACAGAUACUGAUGCAGCGCCCUGGUCCGGGGCACCAAGGAAUGACACAUAACCCUCCUCCAGCCUACCCUCAAGGCCCCCUGGCCUACCUUGAACAGACAAUGUCUGCCAUAGGCAUGCCCGAGAGGCGGUGAUUGUUAUUCUCCCUAUCAUUUGUAUCUAUACUCAUCAAAAAUAGUAAUAAAAAACAUUAAAAAAA